GAUGCACAAAUAUCUCUCUGAAGAGGCACGCUGAUGAAAAGCCAAGUGCAAUCGUAGCCAGCGUGCUAUACAAGGUUAAGUACCAGUCCGGGGACAUGCGGGAUUGUGGCGAGAGCGACUACGUAGGUCGCAGCUCAGCGGAAGCAGCAUAGACAAAUCCACAGAGGAGGUGCAGAGCCACACGCAGCGACAAGCUGUAAUGGAGUCUGCGAACAACCUCGGUUUACGGAACAUCAUUCCAGUGUCGCCAUCGUAACGACAUCAAUACCUGAGCGAUACCGACUUCUCUGUCCCUGGUAAAGGGAUAUAUCAGUCCUCCCGGAUCUGACCCGCUGGUAGUCGCUGAGAGAAGUGAUACGCAGGAGACGUUAAGGGUUUAACACUCUAUCGCAAGAGAAGAAUGCUGCUGUUUCUCGGCGCUGUGUUGUCUACUCGCCAACAUCUUCGACUCGUCCAUAGGUUGAACGCUUACAGACGUGGUUGCUGGCUAUCAGUCAGGGUCUGGCAUCUCCGACAGCUCGUGGCUGAACGAUCCGCCUUAACUAACUACAACGUGCUCCAACCGGAAAGGGUCCGCUACGUGGGGAUCUCUCAAUCGACUGUGAAACGCAGUCUGGACCACAACCCCACUGUCCCCGUUAACGGCAGAGACGGCAAGGGGCGGGAGGAACCUUGGCUUGUCAAGAAUAGCAAUCGUCGGCUGCACCUGCGUGAGCUGGACAACAGCUACUUUUAAAGCUGCGCAUUCCUCACAGAUGAAGGAGGCCAGUGGCUGCAUGCGAAACAUGUUGUUCCACACUCCGCCACCAUGGACGCAGCAAGAGGGUCUCAACGUCCUCUUAUGUUACCAUCUCCGCUCCUUCCACCAGGUCUAAAUUACCCUUUCGUCUCGUUUGCAAGCGGUCAAAGUCCAGCUGGAUAGCGUAUCGUGACCGGGCAGGUACAAUGUCCAGCAGCAGCAAGCGGUAAGUCACAGCCGUUUGCGCCUUCGCAGAUUCAGUCGGUGCGACAAUCGGCU